UCAUAAGUGUUGCAGCUCUUUUAGAAUUUGUCUAGCAGGCUUUCUGGCAGUUGCCGGAAAGCCCCUCUCACAUGAUUUGUCUCUAACGACAGAAUGGCUCUUACUGGCUGGUGCAGUUCUUUAUUUUCCCGGACAAAUAGAGUCGGGAAUUUACAGUCCCCGAGAUUAAAGCUCAGCUAACACUUCCGGCUACGGAUGAUGCUGUUUCCCCUCCGCCUCCACCAGCCUUGAGAACUGCUGUAGGAGGUGGCUUGUUUGUCUAGGUGUUUCAUUUCUCGUUUUUGUUUUACAUCUUCGCUGCACGUGCAGCUUUCGUCGUUCUAUGGCGUCUGCCGCGGCCCAACCCGCGCCCCUGAGCGCGGAGCAGGCCAAGGUGGUCCUGGCGGAGGUGAUCCAGGCGUUUUCGGCCCCGGAGAACGCCGUGCGCAUGGAUGAGGCUAGAGACAAUGCGUGCAACGACAUGGGCAAGAUGCUGCAAUUCGUGCUGCCCGUGGCCACGCAAAUCCAACAAGAGGUUAUCAAAGCUUAUGGCUUCAGCUGCGACGGGGAAGGUGUCCUUAAGUUUGCUCGCUUGGUUAAAUCCUAUGAAGCCCAGGAUCCUGAGAUUGCCAGCCUGUCAGGAAAGCUGAAGGCUCUGUUCUUACCACCCAUGACGCUGCCGACCCAUGGGCCUGCUUCUGGUGGCAGUGUGGCUGCCUCCUGAGAGUUGGCCUUUCCCUGUGCUGCUGCAAGGGAGAGGAAGAACCUCAGGUGUUUCAGAGGAAAAUAAAUGUACCUGUGACUUAA